UCGUCGCUUCCGUAGUCUGUAAACAAGCCAGAGCCUUUCCGUGUUAAGUCAUAAGACAUUUUGAUUUCACGCGCAUUACUGUUUGGAUUUAUAGAAUAUAAACAUAUCCUUUUCUCUUUUGUGGUUUACAGCUUUUUUUUGCUGCUCGCUUUUAUAAAAAGCAAGUCCUAAGUACGCGUUUCAUCCAAGUAUCAUCAAUAGUAAAAGCAAAUCUGACUUUACAUUCAUUAUGUCGCAAACGAUCUGGUCAAACUCAUUCCCUUUUCGAUUAACGAACCUUCAAGGAUCGAAUGCCGUGUUGGAACAUGAUGAACGACGUCUUUACUUGACUUAUCGAGACGAUUCUAAUUUGUGGGAAGUAAAUUUGAAAAAUUUUGAGGACAUUGAAGUAAAUGAAAUUGUUCAGUUGGCUUUUCAAGCUAUUUUCACUUCUCUUCCAAACAUCAAAGGGGAAGUUACCUUACAGUGGGAAUCUUUAUCUCUGCAUAAAGGAAAAUUGACUCUUCCUGUCUUCUUUAAUGAAGAAACUAGAAGUGUGAGCACUGACCGCAUGGCGUUUUGGCAAAUCGCUACUCCUUGGAUCCCCAAUAAACAACACGAAUGGCCCUUGUCUUAUCUACCAAACCAAAAAAUUCGCCGUCCUAAUGCUCCAAAGCCUGGUUCGACUUUGUAUGAGCGUUUCAUUCCUAGUUUAAAUGAGACAUUGUCAUUUGUUGCCUUGGACAUCGACCAGCAUUUACAAUACUUUCACGAAUGGCAAAAUAACCCUCGUGUUAGCCAUUUCUGGACUGAAAGCGGAACUUGGGAUCAACAUCGUGAAUACCUACUCAAGAUGCAAAGUGACCCCCAUGCGUACGCUGUCAUUGGUUGCUUCAAUGAGCAGCCAUUUGGUUACUUUGAGGUUUACUGGGUUCCGGAAGAUCGAAUCGCUCCCUUUGCCCAGCCUUGGCAUACACAUGAUCGCGGAUUCCAUGCCCUUGUAGGUAACGAACGUUUCCGUGGUCCUCAUCGUGUUCCUGUCUGGUUGUCCAGUAUUACCCAUAUGCUAUUUUUGGACGACUCUCGAACUCAACGUAUCCUCCUUGAGCCCAGAAAUGAUAACAAGAAAUUUAUUGAUUAUCUUAUUGCUGAGAACUAUUGUAAGCGUCUCGAGUUUGACUUUCCUCAUAAACGUGCUGCUUUCAUGGAAAUCACUCGCACAAUGUUCUUCUCUUGCCUUGGCCCCCGUAUUUGAUGCCUUCUCCUUUUUUUAUUAUAAACCGAUCCUUCGCUUAUAUAGAUCCAAUUAUCUUCUAUUGGUGUUAGAAAUAGGAUAUUUUUCUAAUAGAAUUAGAGUAUUUCACUUCUCGCCAUUCAUUGGCAAUAAGAAAAGGCUGAACUUGAUUAUAUUUACAGAACGC